AUGGCGGGAAGACAUUCGUCCCCUGGGGGAGGCGUGACAAAACAACCACUGGUGUCGUCUGUAACGGGGUUUGCGGAAAAGACCAGAAAAGAGGGAGGGAUUUUUUACUACUCGCCGUCCCAGGAUUUUAACCCUCUGCCUGCUCCUGCUCUCCUCGCCGUGCAGCAACAAGUGGCUUUCUUUACGCCGAAAACGUUCUUCGCCCCCCCUCCAUCAAGUUCUUCUCCUCGAUAUGUGGACACCGUGUAUGUGGCGAGCAAAGGCGUCCACCGAGAUGAACGGCGGAGAUCAAGCCUCAUCGGGCGUGCCGCGGGUGUUGCAGAACACGACCCGGCUCGCAUAGUCUCUGCACGCAGCGGCGGCCGUGCUGGCGACGGACACGGCCCGGCCCGUCGGAGGUUUCCCAAGGCAUGUGACGGUUGUUGUGUCAAGUCGUCUAAAUCGGAGAUCGCAAAAAGCCGCCGCCUGACCAGGGCUCAGAAAAUCUGCAAAGACUCCUCCCACCCCCACCAAGGACUGUUUUCACUGCUGGACUCUAGAAAGAGGUUCCGCAGCCUCCGAAGCAGAACCUGCAGGUUCUGUAACAGCUUCUUCCCUCAAGCCGCCAAGAGACGGCGAGCACGUGGCGCACAGGAAGUACUCCCGCACAAUUGUAUCCCUCCCUUUCUUUCUGUAACCGUGCAUGUGUUUCCUCCUGAGAUGGACGGCACGCCGCGGGACACGAGGAGGACUUGAACUGUCCUUUGGGGUGAGGUAGUAGGUUGUAUAGUUUUUAGGGUCCUUCCCAAGCUGUCAGAUGACUAUACAACUUACUGUCUUUCCUUAAGCGACCGUAAAGGCAGCGCCUUCACUCCUGCACCGUCCCAAGUUUUUUCUUUUUCCAUCUUCCAAUGAAAGCUACUGGAAAUAUUGAACUGUUCUUUUUAUAACGCAUCUGCACUUUUUGUGGAAAUGGAUCAUUAAAAAAGUGGACAUCAUGUGUCUCGGAUGAGCUCAAAACAGGUUAGUAUUUGUUUACACCUACUGUUUGUUUUUGUUGUAACCCGACACAAACUCACACGGCUGAUUGGUGGUGUUCGUACAGGGUGAGGUAGUAGGUUGUGUGGUUUCAGGGUUGAGAUUUUACCCCAUCAGGAGUUAACUAUACAACCUACUGCCUUCCCUGGAGGGCAGCAAUACGACGUCCCGCCUACUCCAAAACGCUGCAUCAAAUCGAGCAGGAUAUGUUGUCAAUGAUGGUGAGUUCAUAUGUGCUUGAAUCUGUGCAUUUUGAUUGGAAGCUGAAUAAAGAAUACAAAGAAAGUUGGACUCAUUGCCUUAACCUCUAAAGGCCUUAGUGGCCACAUGCGUGGACAGCACCUUUUAGCUCUUAUUUCCAAAAUUGUGUACACUACUGAAUCGGGGUCUUAUGGUGACAUAUGGACACUUAUACUGCUAUCUGGUGGUGUCAGAAGAGUAGAACAUCAAAAAAUAAAAAUGUGCAUGUCACUACACAUGAAGUACACGUUUGUGCACUUACGGACUAAGUACAUCAUAUUAAAAGAUCUUUUUUAUUCUAAUUAGGGUCCAAUAAGCAGAGAAAUGUAAAAAAAGCAUGUAGACAAACAGCUUGGGGCUUAAGAGGUUAAUGAGCUCAUAGUGAAGCUAUAAUCUGUUUUGUUCAGAUUGGAAAACAUUUAGUCUCGUGUAAAUGUGUGGUGUUAUACACUCUCUUCCGGUAGAGGGCGCCAUAAACAAAUAACUCAAUAGGUUUUAUGAGCCAUUUUGCCUUAUUUGCGGUCUAGUAAAAGCUUCAUUUUUGACAAAUUUGUGCUUUGUUUUAAAGAUGUGAUAUUUGGUUUUACACUAUAUGAACCAAAAUUUGAAAAGGAAUUUUACCUUUGCAACCUCAUUAUAAGUUUUAUAUUCAUAAAUGUAAGUUUCUCAAUACCCGACCUGUCUUUUGUGCCUUUAAAAAAAAAGAGAACUUUACAUUAAAACACUCUCUAUCUCUAACGACCAAAAAGCUGUGAAAACGAUUAUGCCAUACUUGCCAACCCUCCCGAAUUUUCCGGGAGACUCCCGAAAUCCAGCGCCUCUCCCGAAAACCUCCCGGGACAAAUAUUCUCCCGAAAAUCUCCCGAUUUUCAGCCGGAGCUGGAGGCCACGCCCCCUACAGCUCCAUGCGGACCUGAGUGAGGACAGCCUUUUUUCACGACGGGAGGACAACUGGGUGACAAG